UUGGCGAUUUGCGAUAUUAUUUAUUUGGCAACCUUGCACACGGUAGACAUGAACCACAGACCCAGAGCGUUGACUGAAGCUCAGAGUAAUCAACAAUUGUUCAAGUGUCAAAUUGAAGGUUAAGAAGACAAGCGCAGCACGUAAACUUACCUGAGAAAGUUACGAAACACAGGAAAAUGAAGGUUAUGGUUAUGUUCGUCGUUCCAUGCCUAACUUGUACACACAAGGUAUUCCAAUCGGUACUUCGAUUGAAGACAACACGAGCGCAGCGGAUGAUACAGUAUUAUAGGGAGAAUAAGCAGCUAUUCGGGAAGGUUCUCAAAACCAAGCAGCAAAGAAUUGCCAGAGCAAAGCACGAGAACGAAGAAGCCCUGACCGAAGCGGAGACCCAAGUGAACUCCGAGGCUUUCUGGCUUGCGAAAGCGAAUAGCGCAACAGGACUCAGAGUAAAGGUAUAUCGUGAACCACUGGCAAUUCGGAAUAUAAAGAUUGAAGAAACAUCAAAGAAUGCAGAAAGGAAACAGGGAGCUAUAGAUGAAACUGCGCUAGUGCUUGCAGAAGUUGAAAAAUCUUGGGCAAAAAAUAACCCAGAACAAGUUGAACACCUUAGCCAUGUUGUCCAUGAAAAGAAUCAGCUUGGCUUCCCUUCAGAGAUAUUAAUAAAAAAUAUCACUGGGUUUUCUUAUUUAAAUGAAAGUAAGGAUGCGGGAGUGUAUACAAAGGAAGUAGUUUCUAUACCGGUGUAUCAUGAUUCCACAACAAUAGUUAUUCCAAGUGUUUCAAAAAUUUUAAGUAAAACUAUGUCAGAGAAAUCAAAAUUGAAUUUAGAAUUGUGGAAGAAAAGAAUGAUAACUCUGAUGGGUGAAGAAGGCUUCGAAAAACAUCAACAAGAAACACUUUCUUAUGGGAGGCAAUUUCAUUCUAUCAUUCACAAUUUUCUCACUCAAAAGCCAAUUAAUGUUCCUGAUGUACUCGAAAAAUCUUGGCAGAGUGUGCAGCCGGUUCUGAAAGAAGUACAUGGAGUUGCAGCGCUGGAAAGCCACACCAUACAUCCCAAAUUGCACUACAGAGGAGUCGUCGAUUGUGUUGCAUUGUAUAGAGGAAACUUGUGCGUUAUAGAGUGGAAGAAGUCUGACAGAAUGAAGAACACUAUAGGUAGCACUUUCGAUGCACCAAUUCAAGUAGCUUCGUAUAUUGGAGCACUAAACUCUGACGAAAACUAUAAAUUUCAGGUCCAGAAUGGCCUGAUCGUCGUAGGGUACACAAGUGGUGAACCAGCAUCAAUAUAUGAGAUGAAUUCUCAGAAAGUGAAUGUGCAUUGGAAACAGUGGCUAAGACGACUGCAGCAGUACUACGUAGAAGAUUUAAAGGCUAAACAGCAUUUACCUGUGCCUGAAAAUCAGUGAAACCCAUAAGAUGACGUAAAACUCCUUUACAAUUACACAAUUUUUUAUCUUUAACAUCAAGAAUUACUAUUUAUUUUCUUGGAUACAGUUCUCUUUACUCUCUUACUUUGGCAGAAAUAAUAUGUUUGCACAGAGAUUCCAUUUACAUACCUUCCCAGCUACAUUCAAGAAGUCUCG